UGUCCCAAGUGUGAGCUGAUCUGUUUCUCCCGCGCAGUUGAGGCAGGGAAGGGUGGUUUGCAGCGCUGGAAGCUUUUAUCAUCGGGCUGUCUGGUCCAUUUGUGUACGUAGCACCCGCCCGCCCCUGUCAGCUGGAUCAGCUGGCGUCGACCGCCAUCGUUCUCCUUCCCCUGUCGUCUGCCAUAACCAGUUAGCGCCACAGCGACGUUGUUGUUGUGGCGUUUGAUCUCCCUUGUUUCGAGUUUUGUGCGCACACCGGUCGGGGGGAUACAGGCGUCACUUUGCCCCUUCGGUUUCUCCUGUGCUUGCGGUCUUGAUUGCGGAAGAUCGUUGCAGUAAUUCAAGAUGCGUGAGAUUCUCCAUAUCCAGGGGGGGCAGUGCGGUAACCAGAUCGGCGCGAAGUUUUGGGAAGUCGUAUGCGAUGAGCAUGGCAUCGACCCUACAGGAACUUAUCAUGGCGAUUCUGACUUACAGCUCGAGCGUAUUAAUGUCUAUUAUAAUGAAGCGAGUGGUGGGCGGUAUGUUCCUCGCGCUGUCCUGAUGGAUCUUGAACCUGGAACUAUGGAUAGCGUCAGGUCUGGGCCUUAUGGCCAGAUUUUCAGGCCAGAUAACUUCGUCUUUGGCCAGACUGGGGCGGGAAACAACUGGGCGAAGGGUCAUUACACAGAAGGUGCUGAGCUGAUUGAUUCGGUCCUGGACGUUGUGCGGAAGGAGGCAGAGAGCUGCGAUUGCUUGCAAGGUUUUCAGGUUUGCCACUCUCUCGGUGGUGGGACGGGUUCGGGAAUGGGUACGCUUUUGAUAUCGAAGAUUCGUGAGGAGUAUCCAGACAGGAUGAUGUUGACGUUUUCAGUUUUCCCUUCGCCUAAGGUGUCUGAUACGGUCGUGGAGCCCUACAACGCGACGUUGUCCGUUCAUCAGCUUGUCGAAAAUGCGGACGAGUGCAUGGUGUUGGACAAUGAGGCUCUUUAUGAUAUUUGCUUCCGGACAUUGAAAUUGACGACACCGACCUUCGGUGAUUUGAAUCAUUUGAUAUCCGCGACUAUGAGCGGUGUCACGUGCUGUCUUCGAUUUCCUGGGCAAUUGAACUCGGAUCUACGGAAGCUCGCUGUCAAUCUGAUCCCCUUCCCUCGACUCCACUUUUUCAUGGUCGGCUUUGCUCCUCUUACGUCGAGAGGCUCUCAACAAUACCGCGCYUUGACCGUGCCCGAAUUGACRCAGCAGAUGUGGGAUGCCAAGAAUAUGAUGUGUGCUGCUGAUCCGCGACAUGGGCGAUAUUUGACCGCGUCGGCGAUGUUCCGAGGACGGAUGAGCACGAAGGAAGUMGAUGAGCAGAUGAUYAACGUGCAGAACAAGAACUCGUCCUACUUCGUCGAGUGGAUUCCUAACAAUGUGAAGUCCAGUGUCUGUGACAUUCCGCCGAAGGGCUUGAAGAUGUCGUCGACRUUCGUCGGCAACUCGACGUCCAUCCAGGAGAUGUUCAAGAGAGUGAGUGAGCAGUUUACCGCYAUGUUCCGGCGGAAGGCCUUCUUGCAUUGGUACACCGGGGAGGGAAUGGACGAGAUGGAGUUCACCGAGGCGGAGAGCAACAUGAAUGAUCUUGUCUCGGAGUAUCAGCAAUAUCAGGAUGCGAGUGCAGAAGAGGAAGGCGAGUUCGAGGAAGAGGAGGGAGAGGAGGCGUAAGCAAUGACAACGUGGCUGGUUGGCAUUAUUUCUUAUUGGUUUGAGGUAACUGGACGUGGGUGCAGGAGGGUUUGCUUGGUUUUUGCGCACGAGGUUUAAGUGAUAACGCAUUUGUUAUCGACCGGACGAAGCAGUGUUGUAGCUGACCGUGACCGUAGAAUUCGAGGGUAGCAGGGAGAUUGUGUUUGCGUGUUUUAGCCGUUCCGGCUUGGUGUGGAAGGCGUCAUUGUGUUAUGUAUAUACACUCGGCCUACAGAAAGGCCGGAUCUGCACAGUUCCGUUGUUAAGCUGAUGAGACAGGUAAGCAAUCUUAGAUGGUCACAGCAAUUCUCGUUUGGGCUGCCUCGGUAUAAUGAGGCUUGUUCAGUUUUGGACGGUGAGUGGUUUAACUUAGCCGUAUUUACUAGCCGGCGUACUCGUUCUCUUCUCAUUUCACAGCACAUUGAAAGGCUUGAUAUUGCACGACUGCUCGAUUUAAACGUGCAUGGCAUUCUCUUUUCUAGUCGGUGUUCGUAGUCCUCAUUUCACAGCCCAACACUCAUUUCACAGCACGUUAAAGAUUAUAAUGGAUGACGGCGUGAGUUAAACGUGCAUUGCAUUGGCGUGGAACUCUUAUGUCAUUAUGUAGGUCUUUAGGUGAGUUUCUCAUAAUUGACGCAUAGGACAUCAGGGCCCCUAUCCCCGUGAAUGUGAAUUAGUUCCUUCUCUUGGCUGUGCGCUACUCGUACGCCGGUAAUGUUUGGUCAUUUCGGGGGAAACUAGAUUUAUUUGUGUGUCGAGUGCUAUUUCGUAAUUCCCCAGUUUCUUGUUUUGGCCUUGACGUUGUGGUAUUCAAAUCUGUUGUUGGCUUGGCACCAGUUCUGAGGAUGCCUUCUCAUGAUGAUGAUUGUACCCCUUGUUCAUAUCCUUCUCCUUGUCUGCUGUACUUUCUGUGUUUGUCUGCUGUAACUCGCCCUUUCCGCGUAAAUCCGUUCUGUGUGGGCAUUUGCAUUCCCCUUCUCGUUUGUUUCGUUUUGUGAUCCUUUUUACGUAAACUCCUGGAGUAACUAAAAUUUGUGUGCAUCUGUAUUUCCUUCCUCGUUUGUUUUCGACGUUUUGGUCGUCGUGAUUGUGAUUCUCCGAAUGAUGCCGAAUUUUGUUGUCUUCUUGCCUUGCGCUCGUGUUGUGAGGUUGGUUUCUGGAAAGUAUCGAUGUGACAAGGCUGAUGGUUUGUUUGGCGGGGUCGAUCGUAAGCGUGGUUUGAACUGUGGAUUGGCUGUCCUGCGCAGUCUAUUGCCUCUCUUGGUUUGUUUAAUCUUUGUCGUUGGAUAGAAUUACUCGUCCGUGUCUGGACAAAUGAGCUUGGCCGCUAAAAUGUGCUACUCGGGCUCUCAUAACUGCUAGACUGCGUGACUGUCCUGAAACUUCAUUGGAUUGUCGUUGUACUUGGAAAACGUUUGGCUUGUUGUGCUGUCCUAAUGUGUCGGUAAGACACACGAGUUGUCUGGCUGUGCUCUGGUUCCUGUCUGGCUGUGCUCUGGUUCCUGUCUUUCUUGAUCGUUUGUUCAAUCCCGGUGUCUGUACUGCAGUCUUGCCGUCGGCUGGUUUCUUGAGCUGGUUGUUUUAACCUUGCUGGUAGUCUCCUUACCUGGACGUGGAUUCCUGUCGAGCUUCGAGUGUCGUGGCUGAUCUCGCUUGAUUUAGUUCAGUGCUGGUUGGACGUGCCUCGUUAAUGUCUUCAGGAGUGCUUUUUUGGCUGGUAUUGUUGAAGCCUC